AUCUCAUUUUUUUUUACCAUUCUAUGUCUCCUUUGCCGUUUUAUGUCAUAAUUCUUUCAAUAUCUGCCACUUUCCGUCUUUUUUUCCCUGUAGUUUUGGCCUCAAUUUGUCUCAUUUUUAUCAUCUUGUGUCUUAAUUUUUCUAAUUUUUGUCAUUUUGUGUUUUAAUUUGUCUCAUUUUUGUUAUUUUGUGUCUUAAUUUGUGUCAUUUUUCUAGUUUGGGGUCUCAGUGUUCAGCAGGUUUUACAAUCUUUGAGGAAUUAAUUCUAAAUAACACUAAAAACCCCUGAGUGUUAAGUGUAAAUAACAGUACGAGUGUUAUUUCUCUCAGAGUAAAACUUGAUGAACACUAUUCAGUGUAGGGGAGUGUUCAUCAAGUUUUACACUAAAUGCUCUGAGAGUUAAAUUAACUCUGAAAAUCCAACACUAUCUUCAGUGUAACUUUAACACUGUGUGGGCUGGAGCCACAUGUUCACUGACUUAGUGUUGAAAUGAACUCUUUGACUGUUAUCUGUACUCUGGAAAUUUUACUGUGCAGGUUCUCAGUUGUAAGGACAUUAAAUGAUCCUUAAAAAAGAAUUUACAAAGUGAUGUUGUGGAUCUAGAGGCUCAAAGUGGGACAUUUACCAAACUGUGUGUAAUUAUGAGAGUAAAAUAUAUGAAUGAAGCAAUGAAAUGGAAAAGAAUGAGUGAAAUUCUUCAAAGUUACAUUGGAUUCAUCUCAUCUAAAGGACAUUUUCAUGAAUGUGGAAAAACAACAGGAAGUGGUUUAAAGCAAAGACCCAGAAAAACUCAGAAAGUGUGAUAAAAUCCAAGAAGAGACUAAAGGAGAGCAGAACACUAAACUAUUGAGCUUCCACAUUGAAAUGAGGAGUGGAUUAAAGUCCACAGCAGCAGACAAAGAAGAAGAUGAAGCCAGAGAAGGUUUGGAUUCCUCAGGUGACAUGUAGAGUGUAGAUUCCCUCUCUGACUGUAGUUCCUGGAAAACAGCUUCUCAGGACAUUUAGUGUUGAAAUGGACUCAUCAGUUCUGGGAUUGAUUCUUCUUUAUUCUUCCUUCUGGAUAUUGUCCUAAAAGCUUCAUAUUUAGAGAAUUAGAAAGAAAUGCAAAAAGUUCCCAAACACAUAUUUUCACAGAAUUGCGUUUUAACUCACCACAAACUGAUGCAUCGAGUAGAAAUCAGUUUCCUGCUUCGUUGCCCUGACAACAGUUACAUCACGGCCACUUCCUGUUCCUCAAAUUAGUUCUGCUUUAACCGUCUUCGUGUUGCAGCUUCUUUUCUCCAUCUGAAUGUGAGUAAAAGACACUUUAAACAGUUUUUACCUUUUCUAUAUCUAUAGAACAUAAAACUGAUUGAAUCAUUUGUCGUAUUUUAACUCAAAAACAACGUUGUGACACAAUAAAAACAUUAAAUAAAUCUUUAUUCCCUAAAACCAAAUCUUCAGACAUGUUGGGGUGUUUCCAACCAGCAGCAGUUAUCAAACUGAUGCUGAAAUCAAUGUGUUUUAUCAGUAAAUAUCAUUUGUAUUUGUUCUCAGUUCUAAACAUGAGUUGUUCUUAUCAGCAGAACUUCAGUGCAACAGUUGUAGGAUGGAAAUGCUUUGAACAUGUGAUUUUUCAACAACACACGUAGAACUAGAACAUAGUGUGGACCAAACAGUGGUGGGAAAAAGUUUUGGGACUCCCCAUGCAUUUGUGAAAUACUGCAUUAAGAAUCCCUCUGAGGUCUUCAAGUGGAAUUUCUUUUAGUUCAGUCACAGUCAGAAUACUAAAGACAUCCUAAAAAAGACAUUAAAACUGAUUUGGUUCCAUAAAAAUACAGAAGAAAUGUUGAGUUUUGGGUCAUUUUGGUUCCAGUGAUCCACUAGAAGAUUCUGUUCUCAGAUGAGUCCAAAGUUGGUCAAAAAUAACUCAAAACUACAUCAAAGUCAGUUAAAAAAGUUCCAAAAUAACUCAAAAUGUGUCCAAAAUGACUUUCAACUGUCUGAACGUGAUCUGGAAUUAGUUAAAAUGAGUCAAAAUUAUUCAAGAUUUGUUUAAAAUAGCUCAAAAUUAGUUAAAACAAGUUAAAAUAUGUCAAAAAAUUCUUUGUUUGUCCAAAAGUACUUAAAAUUUGUGCAAAAAUGACUCAAAUUGUUCACAUUUACUUAAAAUUCAUCCAAAAAGAGUUAAAUUGGACAAGAUAAGAUGAGAAAUAUGAAUAAAAUGAAUAGAAAUUCAUCUAAAAUGUCCCAAAAUUCGUCCAAAAUGACGUUAAACUGUCUGAAUGAGAUCUGGAAUUAGUUUGAAAUUCUUUCAAAAUUACUCAAAAUUAUUUAGGAUUUGUCCAAAUAGCUCAAAAUUAGUUAAAACUAGUUAAAAUAUGUCAAACAGUUGCUAAAUUUUUUUCCAAAACUACUUAAAACUUGUGCAAAAAUGACUCAAACUGUUUGAAUUUACUUAAAAUUCAUCCAAAAAGAGUUAACAUUGUCAAUAAUGACUACAAAUCUGAAUGAAAUGACUAGAAAUUCACCUAAAACAUUUCAAAAUUUGUCCAAAAUGACUUAAAUUUGUCCAAAUUCAAUUAAAUUUGUCCAUGUUUGUGGAUAUUUGUCAAAAAAUACUUUGAAUUGUCUGAACAUGAUCUGGAAUGAGUCAGAAAUGACCUAAAAUUUCCCAAAAUUUCUCCAAAGUGACUGUAAACUGUCUGAAUGUGAUCUGGAAUGAUUUUGAAAUUUGUUCAAAAUAGCUAAAAAUUAGUUAAAACUAGUUAAUACAUGUCAAACAAUUCUUAAAGUUUGUCCAAAAUUACUUAAAACUUGUGCAAAAAUGACUCAAAUUGUUUAAAUGUACUUAGAAUUCAUCCAAACAAUUAAAUUGUUCAGAAAAUGACUACAAAUAUGAAUAAAAUGAAUAGAAAUUCAUCUAAAAUAUCUCAAAAUUUGUCCAAAUUCAAUUAAAUUUUUCCAUGUUUGUGGAUAUUUGUCAAAAAAUACUUGAUCUGGAAUGAGUCAUAAAUUGUCUAAAAUGUACCUGACUAGAUCUCCGUGGUAACUGAUGAUGUGGCGCUAUAUCUCCAUGGUAACUGAUGCUGUGGAGCUAGAUCUCCAUGGUAACUGAUGCUGUGGAGCUAUAUCUCCAUGGUAACUGAUGCUGUGGAGCUAGAUCUCCAUGGUAACUGAUGCUGUGGAGCUAGAUCUCCAUGGUAACUGAUGAUGUGGCGCUAACCUGGUCCAGGUUGUGUUCAGAGUUUAGAUGGAAAUGUGCUGGAAGAAGCGUCUCCCUUUAACCAAAUCGUUUCCUAGCCAGUAUUUCUGAGCCAUCCAGAUUCUCAGCUGAGGAAAAAGUUGUUUCUGUAAACAUGUUGAGCUUUAUGUGACUAAAACCACUGGAUCCAGUAUCACACACUGUAUGCGUGGCGUUGCCAUGGGAACCUACAUGUAUGUGGUGGGUGAUGCAGAAAAUGCAUAAAUGUGUUUUAAUGUCUGGUCUGUUUCCUCUGCUGGUACUGCAGCUGAUAGAACACAGACUGGAACAUUGAUUAUUUAUUGGUAUUUAUUACACACAAUAUUCAAUCAGUCACAUUCAUUUCAUUUGGAUUUGGACACAGAUUAAAGAGAUUUCCUGCAUUAUGGGAUGGUGUCAGACCUAAAUGCACUUCAAUACAUUAUCAUAUUUACAUGUAUGAAGUUUAAAGUUUCAUAGUUUUAUUGUUAUUAUUGUUUAUUGUUCAGUAAAAUAAAUAUAUUACACGCUUUGUUUAGAUUUCAGACCUACAGGCUAAAAAUAUGAGAACAUGUUGUUGUUCCAGCAUCUAUAAAACACAGGUUUCCUGCUUCGUUGCCCUGACAACAGUGAUGUCACGGCCACUUCCUGUUCUCCAUUUCAGUUCCUCUUUAACCGUCUCUUUGUUAUGAUCCUGUCCUUCUUUCUCCUUCUCCCUCUUUUCUUCCUUCUCCCUCCUUUUUCCUGUCUGCCAUCUGUCUCUCUCUAUUCUCUCUCUCUCUGUUCUCUCUCUCAUAUCUCUACCUCUCUCAUCUCAUGUCAUCUCUCUCCUUGUCUUGUACUUCUGGCUCCCUGAAUCUUCCACCUGCCUGCAGUCUGAUUGCUGCAAUGACAAUCUGCUGUCGUAAUUAACUCACACCAGUCACCUGUUUGCAAUUCCACCUCCCAGUAUUUAAGCCAGCUGUGUCAUUUACUAGACUCACAUUCCCACUGAGACUCUGAUUCCCCCCUGGAUUUCUCCCACAUAGACUCUGUUCACCUCUUGGAUUCUGUCUUCACCACCAAACUCUACUUACCUCCUGACUGCUUCAGCUCCAUGGACUCUGCUCUUCUCACCCCUGGAUUUCUGCCAGUUCCUGUUUUGUUCCUUGUCUGCCUUCCUUGCUCCUGUAGCUUAGCUUCCCUGAUUUUAGAAGUACUCUGUUUUGUUGCCUGCUUCAGUUUAUCCCUGUUUGGUUUUUGUGGAUUAGCUGUGGGUUUUUGUAGUGUGAUUUACUUUAGUAUAGAUUUGGUUUAGUUUUCCCCCCUGUUCGGUUUUUCUUCUUCUGUAUUGGUUUAGUUCCUGUUGGGUUUGAAUAAAAACCUAUUUUCCCUUUGACCACCUGUCUGCCACUAUCUGUGCCUGGGUUCUCUGACUCCCCCUCGUAACACUUUUACCGUCUUCGUGUUGCGGCUUUUCUCCGUCUGAAUGUGAGUAAAAGACACUUUAAACUGGUUUUUAUCUUUUAUAUAUCUAUAGAGUACAAAACUGAAUCAUUUGUCGUAUUUUAACUCAAAAACAACUUUGUGACGCAAUUAAAACAUUAAAUUAAUCUUUUUUUUUCCCCGAAAACCAACCCUUCAGACAUGUUGGGGUGUUCCCAACCAGCAGGAGUUAUCAAACUGAUGCUGAAAUCAAUGUGUUUUAUCAGUAAAUAUCAUUUGUAUUUGUCAGACAGUUCUAAACAUGAGUUGUUCUUAUUAGCUGUCAAUCACAACCUGUGAUCUGAUUUGUCCAGCAGAGGGGAAAAGAUUUAAACUGAAAUAAAGUUCAUCUGAUACACUUUGAAGAAACCAAAUGCUAGAAAUGUUCAGAUGUUUCUUAAAUGUAGCAUUAAAUGAGAUUGAGAGCAGACAUGUCUCUUUCUGCACUGUUGAGGGAAAUGUGCAUUAGUGUGAUCUCUGCUGAUGUUGGUUCUGUCCCAGUGAUUCCAUUCUAGGGAAAGUUAACUGUCAGGGAUUUACAGCCUGAUGGGAGUUUCUGCUUUCAUGAACCACAGGGUUUGUAGAAGUUGUGUUGGAUGUUGAGAGACAUGAAAAAGGUUGAAUGUUGAAAUAAUCCGUCACAUGAAAUGAGUGGGAAUCAGCCUGUAAAAUGUGCUCUUAUUGUGAAACUCUGCCUGCUGCUUCCUCAUAGGUGGAGUCCUGACUGGUUCCAGGAAACAGAUCACCUGUCUGAGCGUCCAUAUCACAAGGAUGGGUGUAAAGCUAACUGCUAGGCUAGCGCUCACAGUUAGCCUCCCUUAUCAGUCUGAACGUGGCUGUCGAGCACACCAGCUCAUGUGACUUUUUAAAUUUUUUUAUUUAUUUAUUUAUUAUUCAAACAGAGAGGUAACCUGCAUGGUCAGAAAAUAAAAGUGAUCCAGAGAACAGACCUCAUCCUGAGAAUCACUUUAUUUCACAAGACACAACACAGUGAGUGAAAACCACACGGGUUACAUAAGACACACCAUAAAUUAAUGACAAAAUAAUCAACAAAAUUAAGCAAAUAAAUAAAAUUAUACACAGAUCUAAUGUUACACAGUCAUUGGAGCAAAGAGCCAAUGAAAGCCAUCAUUGAUCUGAUCAGUAGACUGACUGUAAAUCUGAUCAAUCAACAAUCAGCUGGAAGGUUUUGAUGUUUCAUCACUUCCUGUUUUAGGAUUCUAUGCCUCUACAAAGACAUACAGAACUAUGAAAUGUCUCUGAAAUCACUUGCAGCUGUAAAAACUCUGAUCUUCCCGUCUCACUAUCUGCACACUGAGCUCUGCAGCAUCUUCAGGAAGGAUGGAGAUGUUUCCAGAGAGCUGAUUGGUCAGUAGGAGGUGUUUUAGUUGAUCUGUUAUCUGGUUCAGCAUCAGUUACCAUGGUGAUGGACCUGCUAAGAAGUGAACCAGCAUCCUGAAAAGUCCUGAGAACCAGAGUUAAAGCUGAAGUUCCCUCCAUGAGCUCAGAUCCUGCUUGGUAGUCCAGACCUCAGAGCUGUUUUCAUGCUUCAGCCUCCAUUUGACAUCAAGUCUCAUGGAAAUCAGCAUCAGUUUGCUGCUGCUGCGUAGAAAUCAGCUGAUCACAAGAGUCCGUCUAAAAGGACAGAAACAGACUGAAAACACUGAUAAAUAGUCAAAUAGAGCAGAAAGAAAUCCAAGAGAACAGCUUUUAUUACUUUCAGGAGAAAUGUGAGAAGAAUCCUCACAGAAGUUUGUGUUUUAUUGAAAAGUUGGAGAAUGAAAUGUAUGUGGAUCCAUGAGAGACAUUUCUUGCAGUAAUGAGCUUUUUAGUAGCAGUCAGUGUUUAGUCUGGACUCUGAACAGACUCAGUAUAAAAGUAUAAAACCCUGAUAUGAGGCUCUGAUCCUGGACUCCAGUCUGACUCUGAUCCUGGACUUGUUCUGUGAAGGAUCAGAGUUCAUGUUUAUUUGGAGCCUCUGUUGGUCAAAGUGUAAUAAUGUGGGAUCAUCUUUGUGUUGUGGUCCAGUGACUGCAGAGUGACUUCCAUGAGUAAUAUUUAACAGACAGCAGUGAGCGCCCCCUGCUGGUUCCCCUCAGUGUUGCUGUCAGUGAUUCUGUAGGAUUAACUGCAGUCCUGCUGCUACACAACAACCUCCACCACACCAACAACACAACUGUUCAUUAACUGCUGACAUUUUCUUUGACUUUAUCAGGGAGACACGAUGACAUCAGAGGUGCUCUUGAACAUUCUGGAUGAUCUGGAUGAUGAUCAGCUGUCUAAAUUCCAGUGGUUCCUGCAGAAACCCAACAAUGUUCAAGGCCUCCCAGCCAUCACAAAGAGCCGACUACAGACACUAGACAGGUGUAAAACUGUGGAUGUGAUGGUGGAGACUUAUGGACUUCAGAGAGCUGUGCAGGUGACCAGGGUGGUUUUACAGAAGAUCUCCAGGAAUGAUCUGCUGCAGAGGUUUCCUGCCAGCAGCUCAGGACCAGAAGAUGAGACUGUUCCGGUACCAGAACCACGUCCCAUCAGAUAUUACCAACAGAAGCUUCAAUCAAACUUCCAGGACACGUUUAAGGUUACAACAGAGGGGUGGGCAGCAGAUGAGCAGCUUCUGGUUGAUAUCUACACAGAGCUGUACAUCACAGCUGGCCGGGACGUGCACGUCAACACACAGCAUGAGGUCCUACAGAUUGACAAGGUGUGGAAGCCAUCAGACACAGAGACACAGAUCCAACCCAGAGACAUUUUCAAGCAUCCUUCUGGAAAAGACAUACCCAUCAGAACAGUGCUGACCAAUGGAAUUGCAGGGAUUGGAAAAACAUUCCUCGUGCGUAAGUUUGUGUUGGACUGGGCCGAAGAAAGAACCAAUCAAGACGUGCAUCUUAUUUUCCCGUUCACUUUCCGUGCCCUGAAUUCACUGCAGGGACAAGAGUUUGGUUUGGCAGAGCUCAUUCAUUUCUGUAUCAAAGAAACUAAAGACAUCACAGUGGAGGCUCUGAAUUACAUCUUUACAGCUCUGCAGUCAUCAGGAACCAGCAGCUACAAGAAGAGCAGAUUCAAACUGCUGUUUGUGUUUGAUGGACUGGACGAGAGUCGCCUUCAUCUGGACUUUGAUGUCAACAACAUUCGCUCCCUGGACGUAACAAAGUCAACUAAAAUAGAAGUCCUACUGAGGGAACUGAUCAGCGGAAACCUGUUAUGCUCAGCUCGCCUCUGGAUAACCACACGACCUGCAGCAGCCAAUCAGAUCCCUCAAAACCUUGUCAACACUACAACAGAGGUCAGAGGGUUCACCGACCCACAGAAGGAGGAGUACUUCAGGAAGAGAUUCAGAGAUGAGGAGCAGACCAGCAGCAUCAUCUCCCACAUGAAGAAGUCACGAAGCCUCCACAUCAUGUGCCACAUCCCAGUGUUCUGCUGGAUCACUGCUACAGUUCUGGAGGAGCUGCUGGAAACCAGAGAGGGAGGAGAUCUGCCCAGAACCCUGACUGAGAUGUACACAGAGUUUCUAAGAUUUCAGAUUGAUCACACACAAAAAAAGUACAGUCCAGAGAAGUGCAUUCAGUACAUUAAGUCAUUAGCUAAACUGGCUUUUGAACAGCUGCAAAAGGGCAAACUGAUCUUCUAUGAGAAAGAUCUGAGAGACAGUGGCAUCAAUGUGAGUGAAGCCUCAGUGUACUCAGGAGUGUUCACAGAGAUCUUCAAAACAGAACGAAGAUGGAAACAGGAAGACAAGAUAUUCAGCUUCGUCCAUCUGAGUGUUCAGGAGUUUCUGGCUGCUCUUCAUGUCCAUCUGACCUUCAUCAAGUCUGGAAUCAACCUUCUGGAAGAACAACAACAACAAACUUCCUUCAAGAAGCUGAAAGUAUUUCUAAAGAAACCUAAACUAAAACAUCUCCACCGGAGAGCUGUGGACGAGGCCUUACAGAGUCCAAACGGACACCUGGACUUGUUCCUGCGCUUCCUCCUGGGUCUGUCACUGCCGACCAAUCAGAAUCUCCUACGAGGCCUGCUGACACAGACAGGAAGUAGCUCAAAGACCAAUCAGAAAACAGUCAAGUACAUCAAGAAGAAGAUCAGUGCGAAUGUGUCUGUUGAGAGAAGCAUCAAUCUGUUCCACUGUCUGAAUGAACUGAACGAUGUUUCUCUAGUGGAGGAGGUCCAACAGUCCCUGAGAUCAGGACGUCUGUCCACAGAUGAACUGUCUCCUGCUCAGUGGUCAGCUCUGGUCUUCAUCUUACUGUCAUCAGAAGAACAUCUGGACGUGUUUGACCUGAAGAAAUACUCUGCUUCAGAGGAGGUCCUUCUGAGGCUGCUGCCAGUGGUCAAAGCCUCCAAGAAAAUUGUACUGAGUGGCUGUAAUCUGUCAGAGAGAAGCUGUGGAGCUCUGUCCUCAGUCCUCAGCUCCCAGUCCUCCAGUGUGACAGAGCUGGACCUGACUAACAACAACCUGCAGGAUUCAGGAGUGAAGAGUCUUUCUGCUGGACUGGAGAGUCCACACUGUAAACUGGAAGCUCUCAGGCUGUCAGGCUGUCUGGUCACAGAGGAAGGUUGUGCUUCUCUGGCCUCAGCUCUGAGCUUCAAGACCUCAAAUCUGAGAGAGCUGGACCUGAGCUACAACCAUCCAGGAGACUCAGGAGAGAAGAUGCUGAGAGCUAAAGUGGAGGAUCCAGACUGUAGACUGGAAACUCUCAGGUACAGACAGACAGACACUCUCAGGAAACUAUCAUCCUAUCGCUGCUGCUCUGACCGUCCUCCUCCUUUCAGGGUGACGCCUGCUGGAGUCCGAUGGUUGACACCAGGUCCUUGGAGGUAUUCCUGUCAACUCACAGUCGACACAAACACAGUAAACAGAAAACUCAAACUGUCUGAUAACAACAGGAAGGUGACACAUGUGGACGAGGAUCAGUCGUAUCCUGAUCAUUCAGACAGGUUUUACUACUGGGAACAGUUGCUGUGUAGAACUGGUCUGACUGGUCGCUGUUCCUGGGAGGUCGAGUGGAGAGGAAGGGUUCAUAUAUCAGUGAGUUACAGAGGAAUCAGAAGGAAAGGAUACAGUGAUGACUGUAGGUUUGGACGUAAUGAUCAGUCCUGGAGUCUGUUCUGCUCUAAUGUUGGUUACUCUGUCUGGCACAAUAAGAGACAAACAUCCAUCAGUUCCUCCUCAGUUUCUCACAGAGUUUCAGUUUAUGUGGACGUUCCUGCUGGAACUCUGUCCUUCUACAGAGUCUCCUCUGACUCUCUGAUCCACCUCCACACCUUCAACACCACAUUCACUCAACCUCUCUAUCCUGGAUUUGGGUUCUUCAGGUCCAGGUCUGGUUCCUCAGUGUUUCUGUGCUGAGUUGAGUCUCCAGAGUCUCCUCCUGGUAGAGAAACAGUGUUGAACAGAUAGUUGAGUCUCUCCAUGACUCUGUCCCUCAGAAACAUGUUUCCACAUUCAUGGAUUAAAUGUGUUUCUUUGUGAAAUCCUUCUAAAUGAUUCCUUGUAAACUUGUUCCUCUUCAAAGAUGGAAGUUGUGAUUAUUCCAGGAGCCAAAUGUGAUGUUUGCGUCUUUUUCCAGUCAAAUGUUGAGAGUGAAAAUCAGGAUGUGGUGUUUCCUCUGAUGCUCACUUGAACUAAAAGCAUUUGAGCUGCACAAAGUGUGAAAUGAGAGAGGAAGCAGUGAAUCUACAAACUGCUGACAGACUUUCACACAUUAUUGUCCAGUGAAAAUCAGGUUUUUGUGCAGCCAGACUUGAUCCUGAUUUGAGUGUUUCAGUCCUGUUCUAGUGAUGAAAUGAGAACUUCCUUCAUCUUGUGUGUGAUGGAGAAGAAUAAAGGGCUGUGGCUAAAAA